CAUUCUCUAUGUACUGUGAGUUGCCAACCUGGAUUUAGCAAGAAAGUGAAGGAAGGGGAGCCUUUUUGUUGCUACCAUUGCAUCCCAUGCCCAGACGGGAAGAUUUCAAACAUGGAGGAUAUGAAUGACUGUAAUAAAUGCUCAGAUGAAAACUAUCCUAGCAAGAGGAAAGAUACAUGCAUUCCCAAGGAUAUAAGCUUCUUGUCUUAUGAAGAGUCUUUAGGCAUUAGUUUAGCCUUCCUUUCUCUUUCCUUUGCUUUAAUCACAGCACUGGUGCUGGGAAUAUUUCUGAAGAACCGCAACACUCCCAUCGUCAAAGCCAACAACCGCUACCUCACCUACACUCUCCUCAUCUCCCUACAGCUCUGUUUUCUUUGUGCUUUAUUAUUCAUUGGCCAACCAGAGAAUGUAACAUGUCUCCUCCGACAAACUGCUUUCGGCGUUAUCUUCUCAGUGGCUGUUUCUUGUGUCCUAGCAAAGACUAUCACGGUCGUUCUGGCUUUCAUGGCCACCAAACCAGGUUCCAGGAUGAGGAAGUGGGUGGGGAAAAGACUGGCCUGCUCCAUUGUUCUUUCCUGUUCCCUUAUUCAAACAGGCAUUUGUAUUGUGUGGCUGGCAACCUCUCCCCCAUUCCUAGAUGUUGACAUGCACACAAUGGCUGAAGAAAUUAUACUAGAAUGUAAUGAGGGGUCUGUGACUAUGUUUUACUGUGUCCUCAUCUACAUGGGCUUCCUGGCAAUUGUAAGUUUGACUGUGGCUUUCCUUGCCAGGAAGUUGCCAGACAGUUUCAAUGAAGCCAAGUUCAUCACUUUCAGCAUGUUGGUCUUUUGUAGCGUUUGGUUAUCUUUUGUUCCUAGUUACUUGAGCACUAAAGGGAAAUAUAUGGUAGCCGUGGAGAUCUUCUCUGUCUUAGCUUCCAGCGCUGGGUUGUUUGGUUGCAUCUUUUCCCCAAAGUGUUAUAUCAUUUUGUUUCAGCCUCAGCUGAACAACAGAGAACAGCUAAUCAGAAGAAAAGAUUGA